AUGUGUCGCCACAUGACCAUCACUUACUCCUGCGGAUGCUUGACUAGGUCCGUCGAGGCUUGCCCCCACUCAUUGAGCAUGAAAAUUGCUCCCGAAGACUGCCAAUUCCAUUUCUCGGAGCCAAUCCACAGAGAAGAAAGUGACUGUCUCAGCUGUGUUGUCAGAACCACCCAGCGCAUUCAAAAGAAGCUCGAAAGCAUGCAAUUGAAAGAUUUUCAUGUAGCAAACCUCAAGUUUCCACCAUCUCCAUCUCCACCGCUAUCUCAUCCAAAAUCUUUAGGAACACGAGUCCUCAAGAAACAGGAGAAAGCCAAGGAACUCGAUAGAUCUUAUCAAGUUCCGGUAAGGAGAGAAAGCGGAGAGGAGGAAGAAAAACGAAGAGACGCCCCGUCAAAGUUUCAGUCAACCAUCCAAACUCCACGAGAGAUCGAAGCAGACAUCCAACACCGGAAAGCCAACGACAAAGACCUGUUGCGGAGCCACGCACAAUUCCAGUCGAGGGUGAAGUCGAGUCAUUCACGCCAAAGAAGUUGGUGA